AUGAUUUUCUUUACAGGCUGCAGUCUACCAGCUGUCUAUGGAAACGGCCAUGAACAAGUGAGGAGAUAUUUCUGGGACUCGAACACCCAACAAUGUAUAAAGUUUGACUAUUCCGGGGACGGGGGUAACGGUAACUGUUUUAACACGGAAGGGGAGUGCUUGUCACGGUGUGGAUCAGGCGCCCAUGAAUAUUAUGGACUCGGAGAUGGAUAUCACGAUAUCACUGUCAAUACCCCCGUUAAUGGCUAUUGGUCUGAUUGGUCUGCUUGGGGACCAUGUAAUCAAAAUGGCUUCACAAUAAAAAGAAGAACAUGCAAUGCCCCGCAAUACGGUGGACUGGAUUGUGAAGGUCAUAAGGCUGUCAAGAAGAGGUGUCAUCCAAAAGUGGAUGGUUGUUGGGGAUCAUGGAGUUAUUGGUCUUCCUGUUCUGUGUCAUGUGGUCACGGAACGACUAGUCGAACACGUGAAUGUAAUAAUCCUUUACCAUCCUAUGGUGGUCAGUCAUGUGAUGGAAGUGACACCGAGACAAUGGAUUGUUUUACACAGAAUUGUGGAGUUGAUGGGUGCUGGGGAUCAUGGAGUGAAUGGUCAGGUUGUUCUGCCACAUGCGGUCAAGGACACAUGACGAAAUGGCGUGAAUGUAAUAAUCCGAUGCCAGAGUAUGGUGGUCAUAAUUGUGAUGGUGAUACUGUUGAAACGGCGGACUGUAACAUAAAGCAUUGUGAAGUGAAUGGUGGAUGGGGUUCUUGGGGAUCUUGGUGUGACUGUAGUGUGACAUGUGGUGGAGGUAUUAUGAGCAGAAAACGCGAUUGUAACAAUCCAGUACAAGGAUAUGGUGGUUAUGGAUGCCAGGGAGAUGGGGAGGAAACACAUACUUGCAACGAAGGAUAUUGUAUGGUUGAUGGAGGAUGGGGUUCGUGGGGGUCAUGGUGUGCUUGCAGUGCUACAUGUGGUGAUGGUUAUAUGAGUAGGAAACGUAUAUGUAAUAACCCGGAAGCAUUGUAUGGAGGUCAUGUUUGUGACGGCAACACAGAGGAAGUACACCUAUGCAAUAAUGGACAUUGUCACGUUGAUGGCGGAUGGGGUUCUUGGGGGUCUUGGUGUGCUUGCAGUGCUACAUGUGGAGAUGGAUAUAUGAGUAGGAAACGUAUAUGUAAUAACCCGUCACCAGGCUAUGGCGGUCAUGAAUGUAAUGGAAACAUAGAGGAAUCAGCCUCCUGCAAUAAUGGACAUUGUCACGUUGAUGGUGGAUGGGGCUCCUGGGGAUCUUGGUGUGCUUGCAGUGUAACAUGUGGUGAUGGUUAUAUGAGCAGAAAACGCAUAUGUAAUAACCCCACACCAGGCUAUGGCGGUCAUGAUUGUAAUGGAAACAUAGAGGAAACACACCCUUGUAAUGAAGGACACUGUGGAGUUGACGGCGGCUGGGGAGCAUGGUGUGAAUGGUCGUCAUGUUCAGCUUCAUGUGGUAAAGGUACAACAAGACGAUCUCGUAAAUGUACCAAUCCUACUCCAUCUUACGGAGGACACACUUGUGGUAGUGAUUCAGAUCAGGUCAUGGAUUGUUAUGUCGAGACUUGCAUACCCGAUUUAAGUUGCCCAGGAGGUGGUACACCACUUUUAGAUUCCUAUGGUGAUAUUCUGUUUUGUGGAGGAUCGGAAUCCUGUCAGAAAUGUCCUUACGGUUAUCAGUGUUAUCCUGGCUCUGGUUCACAACGGUAUUGCUGUCCAUACAGUGAUGAUUAUGUUAAAGACUACGAUGUAUGUAACAUGGAACCGGAUUCCGGAAAUUGUCAGAAUUCGUACUCUCGAUACUUUUAUUACAACAAACAUACAGAUACAUGUGAAUACAUGGCAUAUGGUGGUUGUGGGGGUAAUCUCAAUCGUUUUGAUACUUUACAAGAAUGUGAGAAGAGAUGCAGAAAUACUAAAACAACUAAAGAUGUAUGUAAAUUGCCCUGCAACACUGGGGAUACUUCCGGUUCGUACUGUUUCUUUGAAUACAGUGAAUGGUACUAUGAUGAAUCAUCCAAUCAAUGCAAGGCUUUCUCCUACAGCGGAUGUGGAGGCAAUCUAAACAGAUUCCAUGACAAGGUCACGUGUGAGAGUGUUUGUACACGACAGUACGAUACCAGCUAUAGUGGGGAUAAAUGCAACCUUCCAAAGGAUGCUGGAUAUGGGAAGUUCCAUGUGAAAGAGUUUUACUAUAACAAGGCAACAGAUUCGUGCGAGGCUUUAUGGUUCAAAGGAACAGGUGGCAAUGACAACAGAUUCUACGAUUACUACACGUGUGAGGCAGCAUGUAAACUGAAUCCAAUAGAUCCGAACGUGUGCUAUUUGGAGCCUGAUCGAGGAAGUGGUAAUGAAGGGUUUGAGCAGUGGUAUUUUGAUUAUUCUACUCAGUCCUGUCAAAAGAUUAUAUAUGGAGGAAGUGGUGGAAACCAAAACAGAUUCCAUGACGAAGACUCCUGUGUAGCUACUUGUAAAGACAAAAGUGUAACCGGAUCAGUGUGUACCUUACCGAAAGCUGAUGGUUCUGGUUGGGAUCAUUUAGAGAGAUAUUACUACAAUAAGGGAACAGGUGCUUGUGAACAGUUUUAUUACAAAGGACAAGGUGGAAAUGAAAACUGCUUCACAUCUCAAAAGGAAUGUGACUACACCACACAGUUUUGUAAAAAAUAUACUCCUCCAACUCAAGCUUGUUAUAUGGACAAAGACAGCGGAUACAGCAUGGGACAUACAGCACCUACAACAUAUUGGUAUUUUGACUGGAACAAAAAACAAUGCAACACGUUCAUACAUUAUGGCUUCGGUGGUAAUGACAAUGUAUUCUUUACAAAAGAGGAUUGCGAACAUUUAUGUGGGUCAUUCAAACCGUCCCCUGAUGUUUGUUCAUUGCCUUUUGAAACCGGAAAUUGUCAUCAGAGAAUAAAAAGAUAUUACUUCGAUAACUAUUUAAAGACAUGUAGGGAAUUUAUAUUCACUGGUUGUUUUGAGAAUGGAAACAAUUUCUUAACGAAAUCAGACUGUGAAUCCUUAUGUGGAAGCUUUACACCUCAACUCACUGUUUGUGAUCUCCAAAGAGACGCAGGAAACGGCUAUUAUAAGCAAAGACUUUUCUAUUACAACAAAGUGACCAAGAGUUGUGAAAUAUUCGAUUACACCGGUCAGGGAGGAAACGGGAAUAGAUUCGGCACCUAUAGUGACUGUUUUAACACCUGUGUUCAUACCGACCAUAGCGAUUGUGAGUCAGAAUUCGAUAGAGGAUCUGGUAAUGAUUAUCUGAUACAAUACUAUUAUCACAAAAACCUCAAAGAAUGUUAUAAGUUCGCUUACAAGGGAACUGGAGGAAACAAUAAUAGAUUUCCUGACAAGGCAUCAUGUGAGAAAAAGUGCAAAGCUUAAGAUCAAUAUGGAAAUUGAAAGGCUCAUCUACCCUUACGACACGAUCUACUUCAAAGACUUUUAUCAUUAUAUUAAUUCAUAGAAUAAAUUCUGCAUUAUCAA